UCUCCAACUGCUCGCCGUUCGUUGAUUACCUUUCACCGAUGCUACAGUAACCAAUGAGAAAAAGAAUAGUUCGCUGGGUGCUUUUCUUUUCGCCGAUCACAUCGAUAGUUCGUUACUUGAAGACGGGCAUUGUAAACGAUGUGGAUUGCAGGAGUCAAACCUGACGCCGCGUCGAACGCCGCAGAGUUGCUUGCCACAAAUUCUCAGAGAAUUGGAGGGGUUCAACUACGACGGUUGAGAGGGAGUAUCUCGCAUGCGCAUUCGGUGCCGUGGCUAGCUAUGUUGAGUGUAGUUGGAAUAGCAGCAAUCGCUGCAUUGGUGUCGGAGAUGGGAAUUCGCGGUCGCAGAUAGCAGUGGAGGAGAAAUCUGAUGUGGCUUGGCGUUUGCAGGAGUUGGGUUUGGAUUGGGAUUGGUUGUUGAGGGAUGGGGUACAGGGUUUUUGCGUUGCCGCUAUGGCAGGAGGCAGUCGUGGUGAUGUUGGUUGUGAUUAGGGUUGCGGUUGCGAUUCGUGGGGAGGUUGGUGUUGCUUUAGUGGUUUUGGCAGCUUGUGCCUGGGCAGUGGAGAUUUGUAGCGAGAAUGGAGCAAAGCUGCGCAGAAUGAGAUUUCGCCCGACGCAAGCCUCCGGAAUCUUACUUGGUUCUCUGACCCCUCCUCUAUUGAUGGCGUCUCGAUUUGGGGAGGUGAUGGGUGGUCAAGUGGGUGGGUUGGAGCGGGGUCGCUGGGAAUUUUGGAGCUCGAUCGCAUGCAGCUCUGCGCUGUUGAUACUCUUGAUGUGGUCGAUGGUGCGGCGAAGAGAGAGAAAGCAUCAGAUUGUGCAGCAGAAGAAUGGAUGCAGUCUAAAACAGGAUGAGAUGAAAGCACUUAAUAGCAGAGUCUGGGGGACUCAAAAGUCAGGAGCUGCAAUUGUUUUCUCUUUGUUGGCCGUGAUGCUUCUAUUGCGAUUAGGGUUCGCUAUUGGAGUUUGGGGCGUAAUCUGGAGCUUUGUAAGCGCAGCUGGAAGUGUUUUUCUUUUUCACUACUUUCUUCAAGCUUUUCCUUCCUGUAUGUCAGCGGGAGAGACAAUGCUAGUGGCGCAUGGCUUAGCACUCUGUAUUCUCAAUCCGUUGUUGCAGGUAUUCCUCAACAAGGUUUGGCAUCAAUUGGUACCAGUAGAAAAUUUUGGCCCUGUUCUUCCGAUCGUGCACGUAGUAGUGCUGGGGAUGCUUCUUGUACCGGUGGUAUAUAAGUGCCUGUUGAAUGUUUUCUCGAUGGAUGCACUGGGGAAUUCAGCGAAGAGGGAACCAAUCUCGGAAUCGUUCCCAAGAACUUCAUUAUUUUGCUUCACAGUCCUGGUUAUGGUCAUCUGGGUUGCCCCUGCAUGGUUGCGUCUUGUGGCAGGAAUAGAGCAGCACCCUGUUCUUUGGAUUCUGCUUUAUUUAAUGGACCAACCAGUUCAGAGAUUGGGGUUGUGUGUAUACUGGGUAUUCGUAAUCGGCCUCUUCUCGUUCUUGUUGCAUCGAAUGACCGUGAAGGAGCAGAUGGAAAGAAUUAUGAUACGGAAGGGUUUCCAUAUCAUGGCCGUAGUCAUGUUCGUGCCAGCCGUCGCCUUGCAGGCCGACUUCUUGCGAAUAUCCUUUGCUCUUGCACUGGGGGUUUUCAUACUUGUUGAAGCUAUUAGGGUAUGGAGAAUUCCUCCUCUUGGUGAAAAGAUACAUAUAUUUUUGAAGUCUUUCACAGAUUCGAGGGAUUCUGACAUCUUAAUAAUUAGUCAUUUUUCCUUGCUACUAGGUUGUGCCGUUCCCGUCUGGCUGAGCACAACUACUUCUAAAGACAGACAACUCGCAGCCUAUGCAGGGAUUCUGAGCCUCGGGAUCGGGGAUACUGUGGCCUCUGUGGUAGGUUUUAAUUUUGGCUCCAUGCAGCUUAACCGCUGGAGUAAGAAGACUUGGGAAGGGACCAUAGCUGGUAUUUUAAGUCUCAUCGUGGCAUCUGCUCUUCUUUCUUAUGUACCGCCAACAUUUUCUUGGGCGAGUCAGAUUGGAUCAAUAGCCAUCGCAGCCACAGGUGCAGGCCUCGUAGAAGCCUUCACAUCGCAACUUGACAAUGCUUUUGUUCCGCUUAUCUAUUAUAGCCUUCUGUCUUUAUAAUUCUUAACGAAUUACAGGCGAAGCUGGGAUAUUUAUUUUAUGUCGCACGGUGAUUCAGCACUGAGCUUCCUCCAAAUGAGGAUCGGCCAAUCUUGCAAUGUUGUAAGAAUUCUUUCUGUCAGUCGACAGUCAUAACAACUGUCUUCAGGAACAUUUUUAGCGGGCUCAUGAAUUGGAAAUAAUGACUGUACCCGAGGUAUGCUUAUAUAUACUAAGCAUAAGCACUUCUUAAGUUACGUGGUGUUAGCAGCUCAAUUAUUGUAAUCUCUAAUGCACAAAUAUCCCACCAGGCGAUCGCGUUGUGAUUUGAGCAGCUCUCACAUUAAGUUGGCCUGUGUUUUUCCACCCUCAAUGUUACGGUCAAAUUCAUGGCUAACUCCAUAGCUCUUACUGCGCGGCAAGUAGGAAUUUGGAGGAAGCUCCAAGGCUUUUUAUAUAUAAGACUUCACAUGAUGGUUGGAGCAAGUAAAUAAUUGUUCUAGUCGUUGUAAAUCUUAAGAGUGUGGGUUGACAACCUGGGUUUGCUCCCCAUCUUUCACGAUGCCACAGAUUAGCAACCGUAAGGGAUUUCUUAUUGUCCUUCAAAGCACAAGAGCUCGGUCCCACGGGAACGCGCCACAUACAUACGUCGAGACAUGAGAAUUUUUGCCAACCUGCCGUCGCAGAGACUUGAAUGUGACCGCUCAUCUUUUGAAGUAGCUUCGAUUAGUUCCUGACAGUGAUACAUGAUGAAAGCCUCUCUUAUGUUAACCGCAAUUGAGAAGCCAUCCAGUUCAAGUUAUCACUGUUAAGUUCUGCUUUUGCAGGACCACAUUGAUUCUCUGUAAAGACUAUCUCCACAUAGAAUCCUGUUCUCAGUUA